ACAAAACACGUACGCAGUAAUGAAACAUUAAAUAUAAAAGAACAACAACAACAAAUAAGAAAAAAUUCUAGAAUUCAUAAUUAUGGAAAAUUGAAAGAAAAACAAAAACAAAAAAGAAAAGGAUUAUGUGAGACUUGAGUGCCAUUUGAGUUCAAUUACCUUUUAAUUAAAAUAUCGAAUAAUAUACAAAAAAGAAUCUUUUACAAAUUUAAUAUAAAUUUGAUUUUUGUAAUAAUUUAAAGAAGAGAGCAGUGGCGGGGGUCAUUAAACUGAAGUGUAAGUAAGCUGUCUGUGUAAUUGCUAAUAGCAAACACAUAUUAUUAGGGAGAGAUUUUUAGCUAUUACUAUAGUAAACCUUUAAUAUGUGGAAGUGUCAUAAGUGCGGUAAACCCGUCUACUUUGCGGAACGCAAACAAUCUUUGGGUUAUGACUGGCAUCCCGAGUGUUUGAGAUGUGAAGAAUGUGGUAAACGUCUAAAUCCGGGACAACAUGCUGAGCAUAAAGGUGUGCCUUAUUGUCAUGUGCCAUGUUAUGGUGCUCUUUUUGGACCCCAACUAUUUGGCCAUGGCACACGUGUGGAAUCUCAUAAAAGUUUUGGCAAUAAAACUGCUUUUAACCGACCCGGUCAACAGAAUGGUCCCUCAUUACCAAGAGAUCAUUUGGAGUCUAAAUUAAAGGUUUACAAUCAAUUCUAUGACAAUAAAAGUAUGGAAGUGCGAAGCCGAGAAGUUAACAAUCGUUUAAUACUUGAAGGAGCUUUACGUGUCUACUGGGGUGUGCAAGGUGUUAUACACUUGAAGGAAGAUGAUGAUCAGCGUACAUUUGUAGUGCGUAAAAGAAAUUCAUGUCGUGUAUCAAAAGCGGAUAAUGAUGCUUCUGAUAAAGAAAAUAAUGAUGGUACUGAAUCAUUUGAGGCUGCUACUACAACAAGCGACCAAGUAGAUGCCAUUUCCACAGACGUUUCGUUAAGUGAAAGUAUGACUUUUGAUUCAUGCAGUUUAAAUGAAUAUCCUGAAUUGCCUACAACACCCGAAGAUGCUUCGGCUCAAACCACGGGCUCCAGUGUAACAGAGACACUUACGAAUGGUAAACAUGAAGAAGAUUCUUCUUCUACCACCACCACAUUGUGUGAUGAGCAGUCAACAUCGAAUAUCACAACCACAAACAAUAAUCCUAACAAUUGUGUUAGUUCCACAUUACCCUCAAAAUUGGACAAAUUGGAAAAGUUAGAUUGGGACGAAAUUGAUGAUCUGUUACAGGUGGAAAGGCGUGUCAGUGAAAAAGAUAAAGUUUAUGAAACUAUGCCAGUACGUCUGCCCUCGUCUUCGCCACAAAACUCUUCAUCUUCAACACCUACUUCUGAAAGUUCUAAAACGAUGUCGAAUCAAAAUAGCACCGAUUCAACAAAUAUUGAAGAGGCUUCGCCCUCGAAAUCCUCAUCCACCACUACAUCACUGGCCAGUUCUUCCUCCUCCACUACCACAACCACUUCUUCCGAUAAUUUUCUUACGGCCACUGCCUCAUUGAAUACGACCACUACAGCUGAUACCAGCACAAAUGCCAAUACAACCACUUCAACUACUACUACUGUAGAUAAUUACGAAACCACCGAUGAUGCCACUUUGAAACCCAUGGAUUUUGAGGACUUUAAGCGUAGCGUCCAUCAAGACUACGUUAAUGGUGCCAAUUCUUUUCAGGAACACAAUGACGAUACUCUUAAGCGCAAUCAGCCUAUAGAUCCCUCACGCAUACAUGAUUCCCUUAAGCUGUACAAUGCUGCCGACAAUCCCAUGAGUAAAAGUUUUAAUUGUGAACAUGCUCUGCGGUCUAUCGAUGCUACUUUUAUAAAUGAUACUUUAUCAUUAAAAUUCAAUGAAGGUGGUUCACCUCUGAAACGUUCCCCCUAUGCUUUACAGAAAAGUGGUUCUGCGCAGGCGCAAUUAAUGGUAACAAAUGGUCGUUUCGAAAAGGGUAUAAAUCGCUCAAAGUCGGGUCCAUCUUGUGUCGUCUACUCAUCCAGUGAUGACGAUGAUGAUUCAACCUUAAAACCACGUCUAAGGCGUGAUGGCGCAGCAGUAGAUGAUCAUCAUAUUUCAGCUACUAUACGUAAAAGUGAUAUACCACCAAAAUUCAUACAAAUCAAAAUGAAUUGUUAUCCCAAAGAAGGUGCCAGCGAUUGUGAUUCCAGUCGCCAGGAUAAUGUACAGUCAACAACAUCACAAAGUGGUGCUGCGGCGGGUGAUGAAUUGACUCAGACCGAGUCCUUGUAUACGGCUACAUCGGGCGGUGCUCAUCACAAUAUGAACAGCAAUACACAUCAUCAUUUAGAUAAUGAUGAACAACCGUUGCAUGUUACCGAGGAUGGUGUGGUAUUGAGAAGACCACCUCGUACGGGUGCGGCAGCCAUUAAGAGACGUAGUGGUAAUAGAAGAUCACGUACUAAAUUAAAACGACGUUGUUCUAUAAAUGGUCACUUUUAUAAUCGUGAAACUUCGUUCUUUACGCCACCCUAUGGUUCACAAAUGUCCGUUUGGGUAACAUCGCUAGUGACCACACAAGAGGUUAUAAAUUUAUUAUUGGAAAAAUAUCGGGUAGAUAGUGCAGUAGAGAAUUUCUCACUUUUCAUUAUAAGAGAUAAUGGUGAACAAAAACGUCUCAAGGAUAAUGAAUAUCCUUUAAUAACACGUAUUAUGAUGGGACCCCAUGAAGAUGUAGCCAAAUUAUUUUUAGUGGAUGCCAAGAAAACUGAUGAAAUAAGCAAUGAAGUUGCACAAUUUUUAAAUUUAUCAUUGCCAGAAUGUCGUGCUAUACUUGAACGUUAUGAUCAAGAAUUAGAUCGAGAAGUUACCAAAGUUAGAGAAAAAUAUGCGGAAUUGAGACGUCGUAUUGUUGGUCGUAUGGAAUCUCUUAAAGUUCAUUUAUAAAUGUUCUUCGUUUUUCAUCCUUCUCAAAUACUUUUUACUUUCCUUGAUGAGAAAACAAAAAUCCAAGUUUUAAAAUAUAAAAUUAAAGUGUUUAGUUUGUAUUGCCCAAAGCAUUUUAGAGUGCGCGUUUAAAGCAGUAUUUAUUUACAAAACAAAAUAAUCUUAAUUUUUUUCGAACAAUCAAGUGUCAUAGCACAUUUUUUUUUAUUAAAACUUUUUUUUUUUUAUAAUUUUUACUUGUUUUAUGCUACUAUUAUUGUUGUUUAGUUUACUAACCAUUUAACACACCAAAUCAACAAUUAAGUUUUUAUUUUAUUAUCCUAUACAACUGAAACUCUGAACAAAAACAAACAAAUAAUUAACAAAAUAAUUAAAUAAAUAAAAAGAAAGAAAAACAAUUGAAAUCAAAACAUUUAAUUGUAAUAUUGAGAAUAAAGUGCAUUUAACAUAAAACAUAUAAAAUGUGUAAUGUGUUGAAUUGCACAAUUUAACAAUUGGUCUGAAUUUGAUAAUAGUUAAACAAUAUCAAUUUGUUUGUUUAUUUUACAAAUAAUGUAAACAUAAUUAUUGUAGUUUUUAUAUAUAAAAAAAUAAAAUAAAUAAAUAAAAUAUGUUUUGUUUUUUAAAAAAUGCAAAAAAAAAACUUAACGAAAAAAAAAAAUAUAUAUAUAUAUAUACAUAUAAUAAAGAAAUCUCUAUAAAGUCCCCAGUGUUUAACAAAAAAAAAAGUA